AUGGAGACACGCUCCCUGCCCUCCAUGUCAGCCCGACAUGGAGGUGGACCCGAGCCUGCCACUGGCUGCCCUGCAUGUGAUGGGAGUCAGUUCCUGUCGCGGGCUGUGCUGCCCUUCAAGCCCUGCUGCCUGGGCUCUUCCUGUGGGGAGAUACUCCACCUGGCUGUGUUCUCUGAGAGGCAAGCCUACGAGAAGCGCUUCCCCACCUGCCCGCAGAUCCCCGUCUUCCUGGGCAGCGAGGUCCUGCGCGAGUCCCGCAGCGCGGACGGCGCGGUGCACGUGGUGGAGCGGAGCUGCCGGCUGCGUGUGGACGCCCCGCGGCUGCUGCGGAAGAUCUCAGGCGUCGAGCACGUGGUCUUCGUGCAGAGAAACGUCUUGAACUGGAGGGAGAGGACGCUGCUCAUCGAGGCGCACAACGAGACCUUCGCCCGCCGCGUGGUGGUGAAUGAGAGCUGCCGCUACACGGUCCACCCCAAGAAUGAAGACUGGACUUGCUUCGAGCAGUCUGCCUCGCUGGACAUCCACUCCUUUUUUGGCUUUGAAAAUGCCUUGGAGAAAAUCGCCAUGAAGCAGUACACCGCCAACGUCAAGAAGGGGAAGGAGGUGAUCGAACAUUACCUGAACGAGCUCAUCUCCCAGGGCACCUCACACAUUCCUCGCUGGAUGCCGGCCCCGGUCCGUGAGGAGAACGGCCACAGUCAGACCUGGCCAGAGGACCCUAGCUCCCGGGAGGCUGAUGGGACCAGUGGUGCCCCGGACCCUGUGCUGGAGACUGCUGGUACAGAUGGGGACAAGCUGGACGAAGACUACAUGGAGAGGUGCCUGGGCCACCUCACACCCAUACAGAAGAGCUGCCUGAUCCAGCUCCGGCGCUGGUUACGGGAGACCCAUAGAGGCAAGAUUCCCAAGGAUGAGCACAUCCUCCGGUUCCUGCGGGCCCGUGACUUCCACGUGGACAAGGCACGUGACAUGCUGUGCCGGUCCCUGAGCUGGCGGAAGCAGCACCAGGUGGAUGGCCUCCCUCAGACCUGGCGGCCCCCGGCCGUGCUGGAGGAGUUCUAUGCGGGGGGCUGGCACUACCAGGACAUCGACGGCCGCCCCCUCUACAUCCUCCGCCUGGGCCAGAUGGACACCAAGGGCCUGAUGAAGGCCGUGGGGGAGGAGGCGCUGCUGCGGCACGUGCUCUCUGUCAACGAGGAGGGACAGAGGAGGUGCGAGGGCAACACAAGGCUGUUCCGCCGUCCCAUCAGCUCCUGGACCUGCUUGCUGGACCUGGACGGUCUCAACAUGCGGCAUCUGUGGCGGCCGGGGGUGAAGGCCCUCUUGCGGAUGAUCGAGGUGGUGGAGGACAACUACCCCGAGACCCUGGGCCGUCUGCUCAUCGUGCGGGCCCCUCGGGUCUUCCCCGUGCUCUGGACGCUGAUCAGCCCCUUCAUCAAUGAGAACACGCGGCAGAAGUUCCUCAUCUACAGCGGGUCCAACUACCAGGGCCCCGGAGGCCUCGUGGACUACCUGGAUAAAGAAGUGAUCCCUGACUUCCUCGGGGGAGAGAGCGUGUGCAACGUCCCCGAGGGAGGGCUGGUUCCCAAGUCCCUCUACCUGAUGGAAGAGAAGCAGGAGCAUGCAGAUCAGCUGCGGAAGUGGAGCGAGACCUACCAGUCGGCCAGUGUGCUCCGCGGGGCCCCCCACGAGGUCACCGUGGAGAUUCUGGAGGGGGAGUCAGUCAUCACCUGGGACUUUGACAUCCUGCGAGGGGACGUGGUGUUCAGCCUGUACCACACCAGGCGGGUGCCCACGCUGGGCCCCCAGGAACCUGGGGCCAGAGCCAGCGGGCCGCUGAUUGGUAGAGGCCGGGCCCUGGGCAAGGAUUACAGUCGCGUGGAGGCACCCCUCGUGUGCCGGGAAGGAGAGAGCAUCCAGGGUUCCCACGUGACCCGGUGGCCUGGAGUCUACCUGCUGCAGUGGCAGGUGCACAGCCCCCCGGGCGGCGUGGCCUGUAGCCUCACGGGCGUGGAUGAUGUCCUGAUGGCUCUGCACAGUCCUGGCCCCAGGUGCAAACUCCUCUACUACUGUGAGGUGCUGGCAUCCGAGGAUUUCAGGGGCUCCAUGUCCAGCCUGGAAUCCUGCACCAGUGGCUUCUCCCAGCUCAGCACCACCACCUCCUCCUCCUCCUCCUCCUCCGGCCAGUCCCACAGCAGCUCCCUGGUCUCCAGAUAG